CACACCGCUUUCCAACCUUGAAGGGAGCUUCGUCCCGUCACCUCCAAGCUCCACGAAUCCUCAAUCUUACCCUUAGAACCUCAAAGCUGAACAAUUGAGCUGAGCAUAGCAAUCAUGGCCGCUGCCUACCCUCCCAAUGGAACUUUCUUCGACACGCUCAAGAAGAGCUUCGUCGAUGUCCCAGUCGAGUCGGGGAAGGACAAUGCUGUUCCCACCACAGAGUUCCUCGAGGCUGCGGAGAGCUUGACUACACUAUUUGACGUCCUGGGCUCCAUAGCCUUCACUCCCGUCAAGAACGACAUGCUAGGCAACGUCAAGAAGAUCCGCGACCGCCAACUCGCCGCUCCCGCUGUAUCCGAGACCCUCCAAGACCUCGUCCUGAAUGAGCUGAAGGGGAAGAAGCACACAGCGACCGAGGGGCUCCUAUGGCUAGUCCGCGGCCUCGACUUCACCGCUCAAGCCCUCCGUGCCAACCUAAACGACACGUCGGAAGAACUCUCCGCCUCCUUCCGCUCCGCCUACUCCAACACCCUCAAGCCGCACCACUCCUUCCUCAUCAAGCCCGUCUUCAACGCCGCCAUGAGCGCGACGCCCUACCGAGAUAACUUCUAUGCCAAACUGGGCGCGGAUCAGGAUAAAGUGCAGGCGGCGCUUGUGCCGUGGCUAGAGGCCCUGGAGAAGGUUGUGACUGUGUUGAAGGAGUUCUUGGCACGGAAGGAGGCGAAGUGGUAGAGUGCGGAUGAGAUGGUGGUUAUGUCAUGGACUGGGUGGGUGUAGUAGUGAUAUAUACAUGAUGGUUGGCAUGCUUGCUGCGUAGGGGUGGGGUGGAGUAGUCGAGUGGUCAUUAUUUAGCGUUCAUGAGCCUGAUGUGCACAAUACUAUGAAUACAACACUCUUACAGAGGGACGCUCUUGCGAAAAGGAUGUUGCAAAAUGAUGAUGGGAGAGACGUAUAGUCUUGACCCUUGGUAGUCGCGCAGAGCAUGAAAACAGUGGCAC